GACAACGUCAAACUAAUAUAACCUUACUUUUUAUAACCUCUUUAAACAUACUUUCAAAAAAAUGGAUUCUGGGGAUAAUACAAUAAAAAUAGGCGAUUAUGUUGUAGUACAACGCCAAGGCUACACAAAAUUACACAAAUUAAAAGCCAGCAGCAAGUUAAUCUUAGGUUCUUUCAAUAUCGAAAUGGAUAACGUCAUAGGCGAGAAAUAUUUUGAUACUUUCCAAAUGAAAAACACGCCUGGAAAUAAAAGGUUUUACGUUCUGGAGAAAGUCGAGCAAGUAAAUUCGGCUAAAGAUUCAUUGAAUAUCGAAAAAUCAGGUCAGGAUAACAGAAAUAUACCCAAUAACCAUGCAGAGUCACAAAGUUUAACUAAAGAAGAUAUAGAUAAGUUAAAAGAUGCUGAAUUAAGCUCUAAUAACAUAGUGGGACAGUUAAUAAACAACUCUAAAACAUUUUCCAUGAAAACUGAAUACAGUCAGGAGAAGUACAUCAAGAAAAAAGAGAAAAAAUACUUCGAGUAUGUACAGAUUAAGAAACCAAGUAUAAGAAUUUUAGUACAGAUGUUUUAUAGGCAAGAUCCCACUAAAACUUUGGGUAUAAGAGUAGAUGAUUUGUCCCAAAUUCUGACCUAUGCCAACAUUCAUUCAGAAGGAAAUCAUCUCUUAUACGAUAGUGGAACUUCUGGGCUCAUUUCUGCAGCUAUAACUAAUGCUAUAGGGCCAAAUACAACAGGACAACUAAUACAUACACACCCUGGGAAUGAGUGCCAAAAAAAUGCGUUUAUAGCCAUGCAAUUUCCCAAAGAACAAUCAGACAGGUGCAUAAAUGUCAACUUGUAUUCAGUGAUACGGUGUUUUUAUCAAAACAGAAACACUUUUGUUGAAAAUAAUGCUGAAACUAGUGAACCUGAAGCAAAGAGACAGAAGGUAGAUGAAAAUACUAAAUCUGCGAGUAACAUACAGAAGAAAACCUGGCAAUUAGACAACGAAAAAGCUUGCAAGAUCCUGGACCAAAAAGUUGAUUCUCUAAUAAUUACAGCUAAAGAACAUCCGGUGAAUAUUACCAAAGAACUGCUGUCUUUUUUGAAGGGAAAUCGAAAUUUUGUAGUUUUUAGUUUAUUUAAGGAAUUACACCAAGAUUUGUACACCUAUCUUAAAACCAGGACUGACAUUAUUAAUAUUAGGAUAACUAACAAUUUUAUGAGAAAUUAUCAAGUGUUGCCAAACAGGACCCAUCCAGAGGUGAAUAUGACCAUUGCAGGGUAUUUAUUAACAGGUUAUAAGCUAGAUAUGUAACAUUUUAUCCAAUAAAUAUUUUUAAUAUACCAAUUUUUUUACUUACUUGAGCAUAAAACUGUUCUAAAGC